AUGACAUUUAUCAAUACUAUCACUUCUAAGUUGAAGAACAAAGCAGUCUUAUGGUAUACAGUUAUUAUUUUAGGCAGUGUAGCUUAUACGUUUUAUUUAAUUGACACAGUUCCAGAUAUUGAAGAAUUAGAGAAGAAGAAUAAGGAUGCUAAGACCAAAAAACCAAAGGAGUCAAAGAAACACAACGAUGACCCAUUGACUAAGAAUAACCCAUAA